GCAGAGAGAGAACGCGAGAGAAAUAAAGAGAGAGAAAGAGGCGGUCGACCGCGCGGAGGGGGGCAGGUUGGAACGGCAAGGUAAGCCGCCGACGAUGUUGUCGAUUGACAAAUUUGUGGUGUUCAAUGGAAUCGGUCGGACGGACGAUGGGGGAGGGGAUGGGAAGGAAGGUGGCCGAACAGAUGGAUGGAUGAAUGUGGGUUUGGAUUGGAUUGGAUUGAAGGAUGGGUUUGAUUGAGCAGACUGGAGCUGGGAUCGAUGCUUGUGGGAAGGGAAAAUGCAAGGCAACCAAGGAGCCAAAAGCUUGGUACUGGCCGCAGCGCAGCGAAGGGCAGGGCUUGGUGCAGGGCAGGGCAGAGCAGAGCAGAGAGGGCAGUAGGACCUUUCUUUUCUUUGGGGGGGGGUGAGCGGGAGAGGGGGAGGGACUGUGCGGAAAAGGGCCCCCAGUGCCAAUGCCAAUUCCAAUUCCAGGGGGGGGGGUCAGAGUGGACAACAGGGCACCUGGUGACCUUUGACUUGCAGCACCUGAAAUGAGCCCGGCGUGCCCAGCACUGUGUGCUUCGGGACGGU